GCUUUCAACAUGCAAUGCCUCGCGGAGGUGCGAGCUGUGACGGGACUAGCAUCACCAAUAUUUUCAAUGUGUUUAGAUAAAGUUGAUGGCUGAAUAUUGGGGUCACUGAUUGGUCAUUGGAUAUGCAUCAGGCAAAAUCCGAGCCUGUUUCGCAUUGAUUGCGUUGCCUACACGAAUAUUUUUAACUUCAAAGCGCAUGGGAGUAGGCUAUCCUGGAAAAGUAGUCCAGUGUUAGGCUAUAGUGUCGCUUAAGUAUCUAUCAUCCACGUUCAUUGCACCUGUGCAUUUGUUUUAUGUUAGACCUACAAAAUUGGGAAACGUUGUUUGGAGCAAGAGAACCCCGCUAAGUGUGAUGGGUUCCUUCAGGCGCCCUCGUUUCAUGAGCUCGCCCGUGCUCACAGACCUCGCCCGCUUCCAUGCGAGUACGCCUGCGCUGCAGCUGUCAAAUGCCAGCAUGUGGAACAGUGUCCAGUCUGCUGUGGUCAAAGUGUUCCAAGGAGGAGGUUUGCAGACCAAUGAGCUCUUCACCCUCAAUGAAAGCAUAAGGUGGCUUCUGAAAACAGAACUUGGCUCUUUCAUCACCGAGUAUUUCCAGAAUCAGCUUCUAAACAAAGGCCUUGCUUAUAUACUGGAACGAAUUCAGCUAUAUGAUGGUGAUGAUCAGCUGCUUAUCCUGUCUGAGAUGUGGGGCAGAUUUUUCACGGAAACCAUGCCAACUCUUCAGGCCAUUUUCUAUCCAGUGCAGGGUCAGGAGCUCACCGUCAGACAGAUGGCCUUACUGGGCUUCAGAGACCUUGUGCUUCUAAAGCUGUCCCUUGAGACCCUACUGCCUAAAGCGCCUCUUCCUCACCCUCCUGCUAUCACACAGAUGCUGCUCAUCCUCCAGGGCAUCCAUGAACCCAAUGGGCCUACUGAGGAGUACUGCCUUCUGGAGAGACUGGUGGCUAUGGUCAUCUCGCCAUACCUGGGAAACUAUCUCAGUUGGAGCAAUGGGGAACAUCUUCCAGAAUGCAACCUGCCCCACUCCAGAUCACAAUUUGGCCAGCCAGAGAUCAUGAUCACACAGUUUGUGACCGACCCACUUGGACCCCUGGUGGAACAAGAAGGUGAGGCUUACCUGGAGAAAGCAGGUGGCAUUCGACGCCACACAGUUGCUAAUGCCCACUCAGACAUUAAGCUCCUCUCCACAGCCAACAGGAUGCAUGUUGGCAGUGGAGAGACUGGAGGGGGAAGUAUGGCGGCUAAGACAUUCUCCAGUGAAUCUGACAUCCUAGAGUCCCCAGUAGGGGUGAUUGGACUGUCUAGACGACAGAGUUCGGGAGACCUCAUCUGUGCGCCACCCAGCUAGCAAUGUCACUGGAGACGGCCCUCUUCACAGGGGACCGGCCUGGGAGGUACAAAUCAACAUCUCUGAAGAAGACCUUGUAAAGGAAGACUCACUUCACUGAUGGGGCCUUAUGGGGAGAUCACUGCCUCUCCUCGUGCCUCUCACUGAAUGCAACACUUCCCCUUAACAGGGGAACGAAUGCUUUCCAGCUGUGGGAUUUUUAUGCCACUGUGUUCCAGCCUGCAGCCAGAUGCCUUUAAGUGGUGGAGGGUGAAGGCACAGGAAGCUCCAUCUUUAGGAACGGAGACAGGAUUGAAGGGGCCUGUAAUUUCGGGGAGAGAGGGACAGGCUCCGCCCCCCUUGGUCCCAGCCGCCGUGCCAUCCGCUAUGGAAGUGCCACUGGCGUGUGGAAUUCCAGUCCUGCUCAGCAUCACCACUUCGUUUACAAAGACUUCAUUUGGUAUUAACACGAAAACCUUACACAACCAUGAGGUGCCAGGGAUGAGUUUACACAGUCCUUAGAGGAACUGGUCCUUUAUCACUUUCAAUUGCUUGAGUCUCUGAAGGUUCUUGUAAUGCACAUUAAUGAACAAGUGGUCUUGAUGAACUGGACUUUGAAGGAGUUUUGUCCAGUUUUUUGGUGAAUGGAGGAGGCUCUGGUACAAAGUAUAUGUAUUGAACGUUUACUAAGAUUUUUCCCCCAAUGUCUUUUUUCAAUAAAACUGAUGAAUAAAAUAUU